UGUCUCCCACAAGAUUGGGCCGGGGCCCUUCUCUCUCUCUCUCUCUCUCUCUCUCUAUUCCAUCAACUACUACUAGAACCUUCGUCACUGUCUCAAAGACUCCAAAUUUAGGGUUUCUCGAGGGUUUAUCACACAGCCAAAAACCCUAGAAAAGCCCAACUCCACGAAAGACUUGAUCUUUUUGGGUGGUUCGUCCAGCUUUCCCAAAUGGUUCGCUCCAAUGGCGUCAGGCUUGUCCACUGGCUCGCUCGUCGCUCUUUUGCCUCCAACCCCAUCCACAACCCUACAUCCUCCUCAUGCGGGAGGAUGCUUGGAGGCGGUUAUAGGACAUUCAAGACUGGGGUUUGCAACAAUUCUAGGGUUUUAGGAAAUUAUACUACUACUAAUAAUGGUUGUAGAAAAAGUUGGUUGCUUGGAGCUCUGAAUACCAAUUGGUUCGCUGCAAGAUCAAUUCAUGGAACUGCAUCUAUGUCCACAAGAGAUUACUAUGAUACACUGGGUGUAAGCAAGAAUGCAAAUGCAUCAGAAAUAAAGAAAGCUUAUUAUGGGCUAGCAAAGAAGCUCCAUCCAGACACAAAUAAAGAUGAUCCUGAUGCAGAAAAGAAGUUUCAAGAAGUUCAAAAGGCCUAUGAGGUUUUGAAAGAUGAGGAAAAGCGUCAACAAUAUGAUGAGGUUGGCCAUGAUGCAUUUGAAGAUCAAGGCAAUGGCUUUCCCAAUGAUUUCAGGAAUCCAUUUAAAGAUAUCUUUGAUGAUAAUAUCUUCAACAUUUUUCGUCAGAAUUUUGGUGGUCAAGAUAUCAAGGUUUCUUUGGAACUUUCCUUUAUGGAAGCUGUUCAGGGAUGUUCUAAAACUGUGACAUUUCCAGCUGCAGUGGCCUGUGAAGCUUGCGGUGGAAGUGGUGUUCCUCCUGGCACCAGACCUGAAUCAUGUAAGCGCUGUAAAGGGUCUGGCAUGACUUACAUGCAAACUGGCCCAUUUAGGAUGCAGACAACUUGUACUCAGUGUGGCGGUACUGGUAAAACUUUCCCGACACUUUGCAAAUCAUGCAAUGGGAAACGAGUCACAACUGGAAUGAAGUCAGUCAAGUUAGAUAUCAUGCCAGGUGUAGAUGACAAUGAAACUAUAAGGGUGUAUAGCAGUGGUGGGGCUGAUCCUGACGGAAAUCAACCUGGUGAUCUUUAUGUUACCGUUAAGGUUAGGGAAGACCCAGUUUUCCGUAGGGAAGGUGCUGACAUUCAUGUAGAUGCUGUUCUGAGUAUCACUCAGGCAAUUCUGGGAGGAACUAUUCAGGUCCCAACUCUCACUGGAGAUGUUGUGUUGAAGGUUUGUUUUGGAACU